AUGAAGGAUUAUGAAUGCAUUUUCCAAGGCACAACAAGUAUUGACUCAAAUUAGGUCAAGGUCCCAGGUUUAUUUAAUCUAGAGGAGGUUAUAAUUCCCAGGAAGCCAGAUGUUUACAGCACUAAAAACUCAAGCGUAAUUUUAAAUGAUAAGCUAAGUACCCAAAGUGAAGUUACGAGAAACUAACAGUAUAGAACUGAAUCAUUCAAGCAUAUGAAUAAUUCCUUACUUAGACCUCUAUUAAAUGAAAGACCUCCAACAAACAACUAUGAAAAAGAGGUAUCGAUUGAGAUAAUAUCAGAUGUCGUAAUCAUGGAUAGAUUAGAGACUUAGAAUGGUGAUCAAGGAAGUAUGGUCUAAAAAGAGCUUUAAUUGUCUAGAAUGGACGAUAGCCUAAAAUACUCUUAAUUCAUUCACUUAACAAGCAAUAAGGAUAGACAUAAAGUCUAUAAGCAACAUCUAAGAGAAGGAAAAAGAGAAGGAUUGAUGAUAAGGCCAGAUAAUCAGUAGCCAUUCAUGAUUAAGAUUCUUAAAGGCAAACUACGCCUAUUAACAAACUUUGGAGAAAUCAGUCAAUCCUAUUUUGCUAAAGUCUAAAACAAUAGUGCUGUAAUUCAAGAUAUUUAAUACACACAAAUUGAUCCCAUUACAGAAAAAAAAUUAGUUGGAAUAUCUAAAAGGAUCGACUUUAAUAGAAAGUUCGAGAGAUCAGAUUUAAGCCUCCUUAUAAUUAAGUACGAUGGAUUAAUUGGAAUGUUUGAUAAAGUAGAUAUUACCAGUGAAAACCAGCAGCUGAUUGUUAGACCUGGAUUGAGUAAAUUGCUGAAGAUUCUUCACUAAUAAUUUCAAAUAGUGAUAUAUAUCUAGCAAGAUAGUCAAGAAAAAUAUAAGUUAAUGAAACAGCAUGCCCGUACUUAUAAAUGUAGCAUUAGAGCCAAGGAAAUAUUUUUCGAUGGAAUCUAUAAAUCUUAUAAUAAAUGGUAAACCAACUAUUCUUAGAUCCUAGUUGAUUUUGAAACCCCUCGAGAAAGAGAUAAUGUUUAUAUCUUAGAGGCUUUAAAUCUCACAGAUUUAGAUAGAGAAUCUAUUGAGGUAUAAAGAAUCCUUGAUAUGUAAGUGAAUUCUGAGUUUGAGAUCACCCGAAUAUUCUUGCCUCAUAUUUAGAUUUUCAAUGACUACAAAAAUAAUAAUAUCUGCUUGAAAAUGAUAGCAGAAUACAUAUAAACUUUAUUCUAAGAAAAUGAAGAUAGUGAUAUUGUUAUGCGAGAUACUGCUGAGUUAAAAGCAAUGAGGAUCAAAGCUGGAAAAUAGUUCUUACCGCAUUACAAACUUCCUGAAUAUGUAAUGCUUACUCUAGACGAAAGACCUCUAAUGGAUACUGGAACUUAUAAUAGGUUACUCAUGCAAAAUACAUACAUUUAGCAGCAAAUUUCAUUUUACAAAACAAAAUUCGAGAAUAGAGUUAAAAGUAGAGAAUCUUAAUCUAAAUUGAUUGAGACUAUGCAAAAGCAAAGAAUCUAUGAAAAGCAGAUCAUAUAUCUCUGCUAUUAAGAUAGUGAACAAUUCUAAAAGAUUUAUAACAAUGGAAAUAAGCUUUAACUUGAUGAAUACAGCACAGUAACAAGAUAAAAAGAUGAGUGCGAUAUAUUCAAAGAAAUACUAAGGAAAAAGAUGAGAUAAAUUUGA